GAAAGUUGCACCUUAGCUUAGCUUAGGAAAGUUUUCAAUUAAAACACAAGUCUGUGGCAAAAUGGUACUCGCACUGCUGGACUCCUUGGAGCAGCUAAUCGAUGAAUACAAAAUCAAUCUAAUACAAGUGACUUUUAUUGUAUUUAUCAUAACGAUCGUGUUGUUUGGCAGCUUGAUGACACUGGUGGAGUCACAUUUACCCAACUGCAUACGUCAGAGCUUUCGCUAUGGCAAGCACAGUCACAAAGGACAAACCGAUUUGCUGGUUAGCUAUUUGGAAGUGCCCAAGGCCUGGUUUAGUCAUUUCUACGUGUUUGCCUUUGGUUGGUCAAUGCUGGCGCUUUAUCUGAUUACCAGUUGCAUUUGGAGAGAGCAGCUGGCGCCAGAGUGUGUGUUACGUUUUCUGGAUUUCAUGUGUGGUGGGCGUAGUAAUCGCAGCGUGCAAGUGGACUCCAAUACGGCGCUAAUAGGCACGCUGCUGUUGACUCUACAGUGCGUGCGCCGCUUCUAUGAGACUAACUUUCUGCAAAUCUUUUCCAAACGGAGCAAAAUGAAUCUCUCACACUAUGCUGUCGGUCACAUACACUACUUUGGUGCUAUCAUAACGCUGCUCAGCAAUACGGCGGGCUUUGUGCGUGACUCCAAACCGAAUCCUUUGUCCUUACAGCAGUUGAGUUUGCUGCAAGUGUCCUACUUAGUUAUAUUUCUAUUCAGCUGGAGUCAACAGUAUUGGAGCAACCUGCUGCUGAUCAAGUUGCGUCAGCAUCCCAAGACAGGCGCUGUGCAAACUGAGGCUCAUCUGCUGCCCACGGGUGGCUGGUUUAAUAUCAUCUCCUCGCCUCACAUGUUCUUCGAGGUCGUUAUGUACUACUGUCUGGCGGAUCUGUUUACGCCCAUUGCAACCUGGAAGCUUAUCUUUUUGUGGGUGGCCAGCAAUCAGACUAUCAAUGCAUUGCUGACGCAUCAAUGGUAUAAAGAGAACUUUAAGGAUUAUCCCAAGAGACGUCAUGCUAUUAUACCUUGGCUGCUUUAGCGGAACACAACUAAAUUUAUAGUAUGUAAGUAACUAAUUCGCGUAAUUGUAAUAAAGCCAUCAGAUGCAAU